CUCAGAGUAUGUACUAUUGUGUACAUGAAUUACACACACAAGCGUAUGUACGCGAAUGCACGCGACUAUAAAAUAACUAGAGUUGCGCAUGCGUAAUGAUCAUUGUGAGGCUCGACUUACAUCGCCUAUGAAAUAAAAAUAGACUCGGUAUACAGGAAUAUAUAGUCAGCCGGCAUUUCAACGUAAAAACACAUUAUCAGUAAAGAUGUUAUUGUUACAAUCGAGAUUCGGGACAGUCCUAAUUAAACCGUUGUCCGUUGUAAUAUCUAUUGAUAAUAAUUUUAUAUUUAUCAUUAUUUAUUCAUUAGUCAUUUCUGUCUUGACGUCUUGUACGAAUAUUCGCUUGUGUCUUACACUUUUUCCGUUUUCGGUGGUUUCGUCUUAACGUCUGCGUUAAAAUAUAUGUGCGAGUGCUGCAGUUUAUUGUAAUAAACAUUAUUAAAUUAAUUACUGUUGGAGUUAUGACGUAUCCAGUGACAGACGUGAUAGAAUCAUCUUCGGAGUACGGCCAAGGCCAAGGACAGUUAUGUUAAGUUCCCAUAUCGAAUACUACAAUACGUGAGAGUACGUGUUUGUGGUGAGUCUUUUACCAAACGUGAAGUGUGUUGUAUAAAUGUACUUUGCGUAAUAAGAAAAAUAUCGCUGUCUUUUACAAAUUGAAUAAAAUAUUAUCUUUUUUUUAACGCAUUCGUACAUUAAAUACAAUUAAUAUUUAUUAAAUUAAAAAAAUAAAUAAAAUAAUUACAAAUAAUUAUGACAAUCAUUAAAACGGUAUUUGUUACCGGAGGAGCAGGAUACAUCGGUAGUCAUUGUGUCUUAUCUCUGCUAGACGCUGGAUAUGAUGUAGUAGCCAUCGAUAACUUUGCCAACAGCGUUGGACAAAAGCAAGCCGCUAGUCUGGACAGGGUGCAAAAGAUUACUGGAAAAGAAAUCACAUUCUAUAAAUGCGAUCUACUGGAUAUUCAACAGCUGGACGAAAUUUUCACUAAACAUAAAUUUGACUGUGUUAUACACUUUGCUGCGAUGAAAUCUGUUGGUGAAUCAAUGAAACAGCCACUAUUAUACUACAAGAAUAACAUUAUAGGCGCAAUGAAUCUUUUGGAAGUGAUGGCUUCUCAUAAAUGUUAUCGUUUGGUAUUCUCAAGCUCAUGUACUGUGUAUGGAAAUCCUACAUUUUUACCAAUAAGUGAAGAUCACCCAAUCGGCAAUGUCACUAAUGUGUACGGUCGAACGAAAUAUUUCAUUGAAGAUAUACUUAAAGAUGUUGUAAACUCUGAUCAAAAAUGGAAUAUUAUAAGCCUAAGGUACUUUAAUCCAGUAGGAGCUCAUUCAUCAGGAUUGAUUGGUGAAGACCCAACAACAAAUUUUUCAAACUUAAUGCCAUACAUAGCUCAAGUUGCGUUAGGUAAAAAGGCUAGUUUGUCUAUUUAUGGUGGAGAUUAUGCAACUCCUGAUGGCACUGGUAUCAGAGAUUAUAUUCAUGUGAUGGAUUUAGCUGAAGGACACGUAGCAGCCUUAAAAAAAUUGCAAUCUAAUCAUUUACAUUUACAGGUUUAUAACUUAGGCAGUGGACAAGGUACUUCUGUAUUAGAACUAUUACAAACUUUUGAAAAAGUAACCGGUGUAAAAAUACCAUACACAAUAGAAGCACGCCGAGAAGGUGACAUAGUGUCAAUGUAUGCAAAUUGUGAUUUAGCAAAAAAUGAUCUUGGCUGGAGAGCAAACUACACUUUAGAAGAUAUGUGUAAAGACUUUUGGAAAUGGCAUACCAUGAAUCCUAAUGGUUAUAAAACAAAUGACCCAGCAAACACGAAUGGAACAAUAGAUAACCAUUGAGAAAAUGUAAAAAUGAUUACCUUUAAUAUGACAAUCAAUAUAAUAAAAUUUGUUUUCUGCUUGACCA